GAAUGAUUGUGUGCUUUCUGGUCUAAUAUAAGAUCUGCCUUGAGUGAAGUUCAAUAGAAAAUGCUACAGCAGUUUUCUCUCUGGGAAUGGUUGGCUGUAGGAAUUGCGAUUGCUACUGUCUUCACCAAUUGUUUGGCCCAGAAUGAUGAUGACUGCAAGUUGGCCAGGGCAGGUCCUCCAGCCACAAUAGUUCCUAUUGAUGAAGAAAGCCGAAAUGGCACUAUCCUAGUGGACAGUAUGCUGAUAAAAGGGACAGCAGGAGGGACUGAUCCCACUAUUGAACUAUCAUUGAAGGACAACAUUGAUUACUGGGUGAUUCUGGAUCCCAUCAGCCAGAGGCUGUACCUAAACAGUACUGGACGACUUCUGGACAGAGAUCCACCAAUGUCGAUUCAAUCCAUUGUGGUUCAAGUCCAGUGCAUUAACAAAAAAGUUGGCACUGUUAUCUACCAUGAAGUACGGAUUGUGGUGAGAGACAGGAAUGAUAACUCCCCUCGCUUUCAGAAGCAGCGGUACUAUGUGGCAGUAAAUGAGUUAACACCAGUUGGAACCACCAUCUUUACAGGAUUCUCUGGGAACAAUGGUGCCAUGGACAUAGAUGAUGGUCCCAAUGGCCAGAUAGAAUAUGUCAUCCAGUACAAUCCUAAUGACCCAACAUCCAAUAGGACCUUUGACAUUCCUCUCACUUUGUCUGGAGCAGUAGUUUUACGGGAGAGACUAAAUUAUGAAGAAAAGACACGUUAUUUUGUUAUUGUUCAAGCAAAUGACCGGGCUCAAAAUCUUAAUGAACGAAGAACAAGUACAACCACCCUCACAGUUGAUGUGCUUGAUGGGGAUGAUCUUGGACCAAUGUUUCUCCCAUGUGUCUUAGUGAAUAACACUCGUGACUGUAGGCCACUCACCUACCAAGCCAGUUUACCAGAGUUCACUGAUCCUACACAAGUGAACCCCAUCAAUGUCACUCCACCAAUAGAAGCUAUAGAUCAGGACAAAAACAUCCAGCCUCCUUCCGAUCGACCACGCAUCCUCUAUUCCAUCCUACUUGGGACUCCUGAGGAUUAUCCACAAUACUUCUGUAUGAAUCUUACAACAGCUGUACUCAGUCUCCUAAAGCCAAUAAACAGGGAUUUGCACCAGAAAUUUGAUUUGGUUAUUAAGGCAGAACAAGACAAUGGUCAUCCACUUCCUGCCUUUGCCAAUUUACAUAUCGAAGUCCUGGAUGAGAACAAUCAGAAGCCUUACUUCACAGAAUCUCUGUAUGAGGGGUUUAUUCUGGAGUCCUCUCCAGUGGGCACAACCAUCUCUGACAACCAGAAUUUGACUUCUUCACUACAAAUCAUAGCUUUGGACAAUGAUGUAGAAGAGACAAAGGAUCCACAGCUCCAUCUUUUUCUAAAUGAUUAUAAUUCAUUUUUCACUGUGACUCAGACUGGUAUAACCCGGUACCUCACCUUACUCCAACCAGUUGAUAGAGAGCUCCAGCAGCUAUACACCUUCUCGCUCAGUGCCAUAGAUGCAGACCAAGGGCCAAAUGGGCAGAUCAUAUACGAAAUUCUGGCUGGGGACCAGGGAGACUUCAUCAUUAAUGACCGAACGGGCCUUAUCACCAUCGCUCCAGGAGUUGUAUUGUCAGUAGGGAGGUCCUAUGCACUCACUGUCAAAGCAUCUGACAAUGCUCCUCCUGCACAGAGAAGGAGCUCCAUCACUACUGUUUACAUUGAGGUACUUCCUCCAAACAAUCAGAGCCCUCCCCGCUUUCCCCAGCUGAUGUACAGUCUUGAAAUCAGUGAGGCCAUGAGAAUUGGUGCCAUUUUGUUAAACUUGCAGGCCACUGAUCGAGAGGGUGACCCAAUAAGAUACCUCAUCCAAAAUGGAGAUCCUCAACAUGUUUUUAAUCUCUCUGAAACUUCUGGACUUCUUGCCUUAGGAAAGCCCUUGGACAGAGAAAGCACUGAUCGCUACAUUUUGAUUGUCACAGGCUCGGAUGGCAGACCAGAUGGGACCUCAACUGCCACUGUUAAUGUGGUGGUGACCGACGUAAAUGACAAUGGACCAGUCUUUGAUCCCUUUCUACCUAAAAAUCUAUCUGUACAAGAAGAGGAAGUGAAUGCUUUUGUCGGGCAAGUGAGGGCUACAGACCCAGAUGCUGCAGUAAAUGGCCAAGUACAUUACAGCUUGGUAAACUUCAACAAUAUUUUCCGCAUCACAUCAAAUGGUAGCAUUUACACAGCAGUUAAACUGAACAGAGAAACAAGGGACUAUUAUGAACUUACUGUUGAAGCAACAGAUGGAGCUGUGGACCCCCGCCGUUCAACAUUAACUCUGGCAAUCAAAGUUCUGGAUAUUGAUGACAACAGCCCUAUGUUCACUAAUGCCUCCUACACUGUCUGUGUUCCAGAAAAUCUACCACCCGGCACAGUCUUCCUGCGAAUAGAGGCAAAGGAUAUUGACCUUGGUUCAAAUGUUACCUAUCGGAUACGAACCCAGGAAGCAUUGCCGUUUUUUUCAUUGAACAAAUUCACAGGAGAAUUAUCACUUUUUAAAUCCUUGGAUUAUGAGUCAUUUUCUGGCACAGAGGCAACCUUCACCUUUCUAGUGGAAGCCUUUGAUAGUGGAGGAACUAUGCCUCCAGGACUUGCUACUGUCACUGUGAGAGUAAAGGAUAUGAAUGAUUACUCCCCAGUAUUUAGCAAAGCUCUCUACAGGGGAAUGGUUGCUCCCGAUGCAAUCAAGGGCACUGUUAUCGCUACAGUUUCAGCUGAAGAUCAGGAUCCUCCGGGUACACCAGCAAGUCGUGUAAGAUACAAAGUAGAUGUCAUCCAGUUCCCUUACAGUGCUAGCAUUUUUGAUGUAGAGGAAAAUUCAGGACGUGUAGUAACCCGAGUAAAUCUUAAUGAAGAGCCCAGUACGAUAUUUAAGCUAGUGGUCAUUGCAUAUGAUGAUGGUGAUCCUGUGAAGUUCAAUACCACCACUGUAGAAAUUGCUGUAUUGCAACCCUCUGUAAUUCCACGGUUUACCCAGGAUGAAUACAGACCCCCGCCAGUGAGUGAAGGUGCACCCAAAGGAACUCUGAUUGCUGUUGUAACUGCUGCCGCCUUGAAUCAGACUAUUGUGUAUUCAAUUGUUUCAGGAAAUGAAGAUGAUGUGUUUGCCAUUAAUAACAGAACAGGUGUUAUCUUUAUUAAAAAGCCUCUUGACUAUGAAAGUGUGAAAAGCUAUGAACUUCGGGUACAAGCAGACUCACUACAAGUGGUACGAUCCAAUCUACGUGUCCCUUCCAAAAGUAACACAGCCAAGGUGUUUAUUGAAGUGCAGGAUGAAAAUGACCAUGCUCCUGUCUUUACCAAAAAACUCUACAUUGGAGGAGUGUCUGAAGAUGCUAAAAUGUUUUCUUCUGUGAUGAAAGUUAAGGCUGAUGAUAAAGACACUGGAAAUUACAGUGCCAUGCAGUACAGACUCAUCAUACCCCCAAUCAAGGAUGGCAAAGAAGGUUUUGUGAUCGAAGCCUAUGAAGGGCUUAUAAAAACUGCCAUGCUGUUCAAAAAUAUGAGAAGAUCCUAUUUCAAGUUUCAGGUCAUUGCAACUGACAAUUAUGGGAAAGGACUGAGCAGCAAAUCAGAAGUACUUGUCUCUGUGGUCAAUCAGUUGGAUAUGCAAGUCAUCGUUUCUAAUGUUCCUCCCACUCUUGUGGAACAAAACAAAGAUCAACUUAUAGGGAUUUUGGAACGCUAUGUUCAAGAUCAGAUUCCUGGUGCAACGGUUGUGGUAGAAUCCAUUGGAGCCCGCAGAUUUGGAGAUGGCUUUUCAGAAGAGGAUUACUCCAAAUCUGACUUAAUGGUCUAUGCAAUUGACCCUCAAACAAACCGAGCUAUAAUGAGGAAUGAACUUUUUAAGUUCUUGGAUGGAAAACUUCUGGAUAUCAAUAAAGAAUUUCAGCCAUACCUUGGGCAAGGAGGACGUAUUCUGGAAAUCCGCACCCCAGACGUGGUGGCCAAUGUUAAGAAGCAGGCACAAGCUGUAGGCUACACAGAAGGGGCAUUGCUUGCUUUGGCUGUCAUAAUCAUCCUUUGCUGCAUGCCUGCUAUUUUAAUAGUUAUGGUCAGCUACAGACAAUUUAAAGAACGGCAAGCUGAAUGUGCAAAGACAGCAAGAAUCCAGAUGGCCUUACCAGCCGGCAAACCAUCAAGUAGCGCUGCCAAUAAUCUCUAUGAAGAACUCGGUGACAGCACCAUUCUUUUUCUUCUCUACCAUUUCCAACAAAGCAGGGGAAAAAAGUCAGUCUUAGAAGAAGGAGACCGUCAAAGAGUAAUAAGCAGCUUUGCUUCACGUGCUAUUGAGGCUCACAAGCAGUCUAAUAUCAAUGGAUCGUUGAACAAUAAUCUCCCCAAAUCUGCAAGUAACAUUACAUUUUUAUCUGAUGAGAACCCACUAACAACUCAGAAUCCUUUGUAUAUGGAAGGUGUUGUUCAAGGUUCUCCCAGCUCUUCAUUGCUACGGAAGAGGAAAGAUAUUUUAGACAGUCUUUCACCUAGAAGAUUAGCCUUGAAAGAUGCCCUUUUGGGGUGCCCUUUGGGAGGCAUUCACCGUGCAUGGACAUUACCAAUUCGUAUUACUAGGAGACAUGUGUCUGAUGCUCUAAGUAGGCCAAUUAUCAUGGAUCCAGUUCAGUGGCAACAGGAAAGACUCAAAGCAGAGAAUGAAAGAACUGACAAUCAGCACAGCAGGGUUGAUAUUAGCAGUCCAAUAUUUAAAAAAAUUAUUGGCACCAAGUUAACUGUAAAAGAGAAGGCCAGACAGUUUGAGCAACAGGCUUUGCAGGAAAUGAAACAAGUGAAAUCCUAUGAUAUGAAAUGUUCACAUUCACCAACACACAGCAACUACCACGAAGAAGGAGAAAACAUGCUAGAGUUGUCUCCUGAAUGUCUGUUUGCUUCUCCAUGCCAUCGCUCUCCUCCUUUCUCCUCUUUGCCACCUUCUACUGAAGCAGUUGAAUUUCAAUCACUUGCAGUUCCUUCAGUAAUCAUCACUCAUCAUGACUGUCCUGAAGAACUUUCUCCUCCACCAACUCACAAACCACCAACUCCUUCUUUUAGGAUAAAGAAACCAGUUUGCCAAAGUUUUCUGGCUGCUCAAACCAAAAUGGAAGUAACAGAAAACAUUCCAGAUCCACCCAAAACUCCCCCUCCUCCACCACCCCUGCUACCACUUCCUCCUCCAACUCCUCCUCCAUUGCCACCACAACCUCCAUCUCUUCCUACCAUUUCUCUAGCCCUCUCCUCCUCAUCUACUCUAAGUACCCAGCACCUUUCCCCUGUAAAGCAUACUAAGUCCCCUGCCAAACAGCUACCAGUAUCAUCACAGGCCACAGCACCUGAGCCACCACCUCACAGGGAGUUGAAAGGAAUUCUCAAAAAUAUUCACAACUUAGCAGAUAUUGAAAAAUCUGUGGCCAACAUGUACAGUCAAAUAGACAAAAACCACAUUCUACCCAAGCACAUAUCCAAGCUUAAACCAAUUUCAGCAUCCGAACUGCCAACUACAGAAACUGUUGCUGAGCACAGCCAGCAGAAUGGCAACUUGAGCUGCUUGCUUUUGCUUAUCCUCCUUGAAACUCAAGACCUUCAAUUUCUAGAGAUUGUUGUAGGCUACAAGGAAACCAAAUACAGUGUUGCUCAAGUAGGCAUUGGAAGGCGAGGAUAUGCACAGCAAGAGCAACAGCAAUUGCUGAGACCCUCUCUUCUCAGACCAGAGGAGUUGUCUAUGGAAUCUGGAAUUGAUCCAGGCCAAGAAUACUAUGGGCAAGAUUACUACAGUUAUGAACAUGGGUAUGAAUUGCCUCAAUAUGGGAGUCGUCGCCGAUUGUUAUCUCCAACUGGAAUGUAUGAUGAGUAUGGUGAAGUGGUUCACUCUGAAGAGGAAGAAGAUGAGGAAGAGGAAUGGGCCAGAAAGAAAAGGAUCAAGUUAGUAGUUGAUCCAGAAUAUGAGACCAGCUCAACUGGAGAAGACAGUGCUCCAGAAUGCCAGAGGAAUCGUCUUAAUAACCCCAAUAUUCAAAACAAUGUAAAUGGCAACAUCUAUAUUGCGCAGAAUGGGUCAGUUGUGAGAACCCGUCGCAUUUGUCUAUCCAAUAAUUUAAAAGUCACAUCCCCUGUUAGACUGGGGAAACACUUCAAGAAAUUGGACAAGUUAGCAGUGACGCAUGAGGAGAAUGUCCCAUUGAACACAUUGUCAAAGGGGCCAUCUUCUAGUGACAAACUGAACACAAGACCGUCUAGUGUCUCAUUUGCCUCAACUGCUAGAGGGGCUGACAACAUAGCAACAAAGUCUGGGGGCAACAAAAUGAAAAGCACAGAAGAGCAAGAGUCUGUUGUUGAUAAUGAGGAUGUCAGAGAGCCCUUGGAAUCACACAGCGAUCUCACACACUCAGAUGAAGAGGAGCUCUGGAUGGGCCCUUGGAAUAACCUUCACAUACCAAUGACAAAACUGUGACCUUUUUUAAUUUUAAUUUUUACUUCAGUUUAUAAUAAACUACGCUUUUUAAUGUCACUGAGGAAAAUGUAUGAAAUUUGUAUCGUGCACAUAAAUUGUAUACUUUGAAUGACAUGCUUUAAAGUUAAGAGAGACUUUGCACUCACAUUUGUAUCAAUUAGUUGUUCUUCCCAACAACACUUUUGACAGGCUCUCAGUUCACUAAAC